GAGAGAGAGAGAGAGAGAGAGAGAGAGAGAGAGAUAGGACUUCCUCCCCGAUUCGCAAAGUGAAGUCACUUCCCAAAAUUAGCUGAAAAAAAGUUUCAUCCGGUUAACUGUCUCUUUUUCGCUCCGCUACAACAACAAACGUGCACAGGGGAGCGAGGGCAGGGCGCUCGUGGGGGGCACGCAGGGAGGGCCCAGGGCGCCAGGGAGGCCGCGCCGGGCUAAUCCGAAGGGGCUGCGAGGUCAGGCUGUAACCGGGUCAAUGUGUGGAAUAUUGGGGGGCUCGGCUGCAGACUUGGCCAAAUGGACGGGACUAUUAAGGAGGCUCUGUCAGUGGUGAGCGACGACCAGUCCCUCUUCGACUCUGCCUACGGAGCGGCGGCCCAUCUCCCCAAGGCCGACAUGACCGCCUCAGGGAGCCCUGACUAUGGCCAGCCCCACAAAAUCAACCCCCUCCCACCGCAGCAAGAGUGGAUUAAUCAGCCGGUGAGGGUCAAUGUCAAGCGGGAGUAUGACCACAUGAAUGGAUCCAGGGAGUCUCCGGUGGACUGCAGUGUUAGCAAAUGCAGCAAGCUAGUUGGUGGAAACGAGCCCAACGCCAUGAACUACAACAGCUACAUGGACGAGAAGAACGGCCCCCCUCCUCCGAACAUGACCACCAACGAGAGGAGAGUCAUCGUCCCCGCAGACCCCACGCUGUGGACUCAGGAGCACGUACGGCAGUGGCUGGAGUGGGCGAUAAAGGAGUAUGGCUUGAUGGAGAUCGACACGUCCUUUUUCCAAAACAUGGAUGGCAAGGAACUGUGUAAAAUGAGCAAGGAGGACUUCCUCCGAGCCACCUCCCUCUACAACACCGAAGUGCUGCUGUCACAUCUCAGUUAUCUCAGGGAAA